AUGUCCUCCGCAACGACCUCGACCUCCGCCCCGUCCUCCGCGACGCAGCCGAAGCCUUUCCCGCGCCGCCGCCCGGCCGCGCUGCUGCCUACGUUCGACAACUACACGACGUACGCUUACGGCUCGCAGGGCGUCGAGUUCUCCGUCUUCGCGCACAAGCACAAGUCCACCACACGCUCGCCGGCCGCCGUCAGCGCUUCAUGGCGCUCGCGCGACGACGCCAUGGCCUCUCUCCCCAAGCGCAAGCCGUCCGUCCCUCUCUGGGAGCGCCGCGGCGUACCCGCACCAGUCUCACUAGCGCCCGCGGCGCCAAUGUCGCCCAAACCGCGCAUCUACACGCCCGAAGACCUCAUGCGCCUCUCCGCCUCGCCCCUCGUGCACGUCAAAGACGAAUGGCACACGCCCCUCGCCGACGCGGCGCACAUCCUCCUCAGCGGCCCGCAAUGCAAGCCCCGCCCGCGCCGCCGCCGCCAGCGCGCGCCGCGCUCGGCCGCCAGUGCGAACUCCAACUCGAGCGCGAGCUCGGGGCAGGCGUUGUCGGCGUCGAGCAUCGCGUCGUACUUCGAGAUGAUGUACGUCGGGGUCGGCGGAUCGCCGUUUGGUUCGUCGUCGUCGAGUGCGGAGGGCUCGGUGUUUGAGGAGGGCAGGCUUAGUGGGGAGAGCAGUCGGUCGAGCAGCCCGAUGCGCUCGGAUGAGGGGUCGUUCCCGCGCAAUGAGAACGUGCCGUGCCCGCCUGAUUCGGCAAGGACGACGGCGUGGUGA